CGCCCUAACAAUGUCAUAAUUGUAAUAUCACAAUGUCACGUAAAAUGUCAUUAGCAAUGUCACAAUAUUGAUAUUGCAAUGUCACAUUGUCACUACAAAUGUUAUAAUAUCUUCAAUGAAAAGAAUGUUAUACUUUUACAACGGCACACAUUAAUAUUAAAAUGCCACAUGCCAGUGUAACUAUGUUAACAUAAUGUCACAAGACAAUGUCAUAGUAUUACAUGGAUUAUCGUCAAUGAAAUAAUGUCAUAAUGUUUUUGACAAUGUUAUAGUUUUCUUAUACAAUGUCACAAUUUCACUUUAUAUGUUUAUUCACGAGAAUCUACGAUGAGACGGCAGAAGUAGUUUUUUUCAAUAGUUCUCAAGUAGGAAAAAUAUCUCAUUGUGAUAAUGUGACAUAAAAUAUGACAUUUUUUAUAACAUUACAAUUAUAAAUAGGGAAAAUAACUUUAAAUAAUACCAACUAUCACUUAUAAACCAAUAAUAAUAUUAUGUACUUUCUGGAAAAUCAUUUUGAUAAGAUAAAUCUGCAGAAUAAAAUAAAAAAUAGAAAAUCAAAAAUAAUAAUUGAGAAUUGAAAAGUAAAACACCAACAAAAAGAAACGUGUAGCAGCAGAGCAUAGGAAGUCGAUAAUAAAAAAUACGUAGUAGCAGACUGCACCACUGGCUAUUUGUGUGCACUUGCUUCAUCUGGGAUGGAAUGCGCAAAAAUCUUACUGACAUAGUUUUGAUAGCCUUAGAAUUGUGAUCGAGGUGGGCGGAGGAUCUAGCGGUGCGUGGGAGGAAGACCAGGGGAAAUCUAGUGCAGGACGGCGGAGAUGUCGCCCACCGGAAGUUUUGCAGCAGUUAUAAUGAAGUUUCCGAUGAAGUUUGGAGGACCCAACAAUGAAGUUUCCGAUGCUAAUUUAGACGAUUGAAGUUCCGUAUUAGUUGCUGGGGCCACUUUUCCUGCAGAAAGCAUAGAUAGGGAUAAGGGAACUACCUAUCAUGCCGAGCUACGCACAUACGAAGACCGGUCUUGGCCAUCCCCUCAGCAGAUACCAACGAUUGCAGCUCCACACCUAUGUUGAAGGGCUCACCCCUUUUGCUUCAUUUUGAGGGCAUCCAAUGUACUCUUUUUCUCUCAUUAGGAUUUUUUCCAACUGGGUUUUUCCUAAUGAGGUUUUUAACGAGGCAUCUCCCCAUGGUGGACCAAAAGGUGUCGACCCUCGGCCCCCUAUUGAAGACAUGCAUUACUCUACUCUUUUUCACCUCAUUACACGUGUCUCAAGGAGUGGGGGACUGGAAGAGCGGGGGAUUUAGCGCCUCCGUUAAUCAAAGAAGCACAAAUUCAAAAUUUUUCACGAAGUUUACUCCAUUAGACGACGACAUAUCAGCACAUAACUCUUCCCUUUCACCUCGAGUACUCUCGACUCGGGAAGUGGGAGACUCCUGAUAGAGUAUAUGGACCUGGAACCUCGGUCUCAUGACUAUUGGGCCUGGACAGCGGCCCACACACGACUGUCAGAUGUCAUUUAUAUCCUUUGUAUUAUUGUAGAGUUCAUUUGUAUGUACUAGAUUAGUCUUUUAUGUAAUUGGGCCUAUCGGGCCCAAAUUAACGGCCGAGUCCAUUAUUUCGCUAUAUAUACUCCUUUUGGAGCUUGUAAACCCUAAUUUCAUAGAACCAAUAUUACAUAUUCAC